GAUCAAACUCCAAAUCACAUUCAAACUUGUUCAAAAUAAUAAUAAAAAAAUACAGUACGGAUUAUCAACAAGAGGAAGGGUCAAAUAUCUAGGAUGUACGUAAUCUAGGAGCAUGAAAAAGUUGUAAGACCCUACUCAUAUUUGCAAAAAUUAAAACAACAAAUACACAACAACCUCAUUACCAAAUUCAGGAUCUGGGCAUUUUCUAUCCAUUUUCCCCUCUGUUUCAUUGAAAAACCCUAACUUCCGAAAAAUUCAAUUGCCAAAGAAUACUUCAAUUGCGCGUAACAUAAGUCAAUUGGACAGAGGGUAGAGGUGUGGAAGCACCCAAAUCUUAGAUAUUUUUGGCAAGUUUUUUUAGAACUUUUUUUCUGGGUUUAUUGAAAAGUUCUACUUUUUUUUUUUAAUUUGUUUGUUUUGCCAAUUUGAUUACACCUAUGCACCUGGUGAAGUUUGUCUCUUCGUGUGAUGCUGUUUGAGUCGGCAAAAUUGUUGAUCAUUUAAUUGGAUUCAAUUGUGGUUUUUGUUUGAUUGAAAUUUGCCUACAGGCUUCCUAUGUUUUCGCAAAGUUCAUCUUCUCUUUAUGGUGUAUCUCGAGCCAUUUCGUCCAACAUCCUUGAAGGAUAUCAGGUAGCAAGAAGGCUAAUACCUCUGGGAUUGUAAUGGAGAAUCCUUAUGUGACCGUGAAUGGUAAUGGGUUUUUGGGCAACAAUGGUCACUCGACUUCAAGACAUUCCUCGCCCCGUCUUUCUUGGCUUGAUUUACGAGUCUUCUAUGUGAGAAUUAGCAAGUGUGAGAUUGAUGAUUCGACCCCUGAGCACCUCACUUUGAACCAUAUACCAUUGGAUCCAAACACCCUUCUCGAAGUAAAUGGGGUAAGAGCUAGUAUAUAUUCUGAUGGGAUAUCAACUCUUCUUCGAAGAGAUCGCCUUGAUAAGAAAUCUGAUGAGGCUACAUUCGUGAGCACCGACAAUAUUAGGAUAACGGGUAGCGUGAAAUUCGAGGUCUUUGAUAGGGAUGUUCUUGUUCUAUCAGGGUAUUUGAACAAGUGUGAGAGCAAUGGAUUUAUUGAUGGUAGUGAAUCUGAUCAUGUUUCUAGGAUGUGGAGUAUGCAUUGUGAAACAGAUGCUACAGGGGGAACUGGCUUUUUAAAAGGGAAACAGUUAAUUGGAUCUGAAUUAGCUUUACCAUCUAUUGAAGUAUAUGUUGCUGGAUGUUUUUUAGGCACCCCUAUUAUGUUAACCAAGAGUUUGCAUCUUAAUUCUCGGAGGAAGCAAGUAAGACUGGCAAUGCUGAACUCAAUUCCUGAGAAUGACACAACUGAAAGUGAGAAAGAGUCUCCACCCCAGCUUCCUGUGCAGGUGUUGGAAAAUGAAGGAUACAGUAAUUUUUAUCCAAAUACAGAGUAUUAUGAAGGUGAAGAUGGAGAACUCUCAUUUUUCAACGCAGGAGUAAGGGUUGGUGUUGGAAUAGGCCUUAGCGUUUGCCUUGGAAUUGGAAUAGGCGUCGGUUUACUGGUUAAGACCUACCAAGGAACAACGCGCACUUUCAGAAGACGGUUCUUCUGAUCCUCAACUCCCUGAUAAAUUCCGUGAUUUCUACUCUCUCGAUUGCCCUUUCUUUGAAAUGCUGUGAAAACAGGUUUUAGUCCGAGCAGCAAUUAAUGUGCCUGCUAUGACAAUACAUGGGUAAAACUGAAUGCAUAAAACACUUGCAUACAUAACAAAAGACCUGCUGCUCGAGUUCUCUAAGCUUACGGAUCAAGGUAUGGGUUAGCUUGCUUGCUUCAUGUAAAACACAAAAUGCAGAGUUAUCUUGUUAGAAGACUCAAUACAGUUUUUCUUUAGGUAAAUGUGUAAUAUACACUUUUGUUUCUGUUUUAAGUGGAGAAUGUCUAUUGAUGACAAGUUUUGUUGAUGAGAUCGGAAGUGUGUAAAUUUCCGCAAACGUGUUUUCGAGUUGUAGAUUUUUGUUUUGUUUUGUGUAUAUUGUUGUUGAGAAUUAUCAGUUUCUACAGAAAUAAGAUAGAGCAUUAUUAUGCUUGUAUA